AUGCUCUUCGAUAAAGCUUCGGCUCUUUUGCUGGCCAGCUCGGGUCUGUUGCAGCCCUCCAGACAUGUCAUCAGCCGCCUUCAGACUCCAAUCCAACCAGCCAAGUUUGAUUGGAAGAACAUAACCGCACACGAAUCACUGGUCUACCACGACUGUUACGGCGGCUUCCAGUGUGCUAGGUUACAGAUAGCUCUAAUCAGACUCCCUGCACCUGUCCCAGUGACUGAUAGCAGAUAUGGUGGUGCUUUGGUUCUCAAUCCUGGUGGUCCUGGAGGUUCUGGUGUAGAAAUGGUUAUCUCAAGUGGCAGAGCCAUCCAAGUCCAGAUCAAUGCAGGAUCAAAGGCGGACAACAAAACGGCCAAGUUCUUCGAUGUCAUCGGCUUCGACCCUCGCGGUGUUCUCUGCACUUCACCCACGUACCAUUGUUUCCCCAACUUCAUCGAUAAAUUGAACUACGGCAGUGCAUUGUCAGCCUACGGUCCGCCUGGCAGCAGCGACACAGCAUUUACCAAUCUCUGGACCAAUGCACGUACUCAAGCGGACUCAUGUUCGAAAAGAGCCAUCCAGGCAGGCAUCGGAGAGCACAUGUCUACAACGAGCGUCGCCAGAGAUAUUCUGGAAAUCUUCGAGAGACACGGCGAGUGGAGAGAACAAGAGGCUCGCAAAAUUCUGUCAUCAUCUGCGCCGUCACAGAGCGACUUGCCUGACCAUGUCAGAUACCAACCUGGCCAAGAGAUGGUCCAGUACUGGGGAAUCAGUUAUGGCACUGUCCUAGGAGCUACACUCGCCGACAUGUAUCCCCAUCGGGUGCAGCGGAUGAUCUUGGACGGCGUCGUUGAUUCCUUCGACUACUACCAAGGUACACUGACCACUAUGCUGCAAGACACAGAUCUGGAGCUCGACAAGUUUGCUGAGUACUGUUGGAGGGGCGGACCCGAAAAUUGCGCUCUUCACCACGCAGACGGACCCAACGCAAUCGAUCAAAGAUUCUCAGCCAUCACGCAGAACCUCAUCCGGAAUCCCAUCGGUGUGCCAGGAACCGACGAUUUCCCUCCUGACCUGGCGACCUAUAGCGAUCUUCAGGAUCUCUUGGUACUAAGUUCUUACCUCCCUUUGGCAACUUUUCAUAACCUCGCAGAAAUCAUGGCAGAAGUCGAAGCUGGCAACGCUACUGCUCUGGUCGAAGGCAGGCGCUCCAUGAGUUCCUUGCUCGCCCGUGGUCUUUCCAAGAAGUGCCGUAGAGAUGGACCUUACUCCGCUGCUUGCAAUCCUCGGAGCAUGGGCGAGCUAGAUCACAUGAUAACUGUAGGCAUUCAGUGCAGUGAUGCCCAGCCUCAAACCAACAUGACGAAAGAGCAGUAUUGGAAUUACCUGCAGGACGAAAUGAAGGAGAGUAAGAUGUUCGGAGAUGUUGCUGCGAAGACCAGACUGUACUGCACGCAGGUAAACUCAAGUCUCUACUCUCCCAAGGUCAAAUGCUUCUGCACUACUAGGGCCGUGAGGACGUACUUCCAGACCGGAGAGCUGCCAAAGGAAGACACUGUAUGCAUGCCCAACAGAGUCCCGCUUGAUGGGUACAGCGAGGAGAUGGACCCUCCUCUGCCCGAGGGCGAGACCGAUGAGGAACUGUGGAAGGCUAUCGUUGGUGUCGACUAUCCUAUUCCAGUGAUUCCGGUGCUCUGA